AAAAACAGUUGUGAAGCAAUCGGUGCUUCUCAGGCGGGUUUGACGGUGGGGAACCAAAGCAGAACUGCUCGGCGCGGGCUAACGGGAGGUGGCCGAGUGCCACACGACGGGCUCCGGCUGCCGCGGGCGGACGGGCGGCAUGCCGGCCGGCAGCCGGCUCCAUGUUCCGGGUGAAGAACCUGGCCGCUUUGCGCUCUUUGACUGCCGGCUAAAGAGUCUUCUCCUUUUAAACGGAAGUCGGCAAAUUGUCACCGAUGACCAGUUUAAUACAGUGUAUCAGUUUUUAUGAUCUCAAAACAAUAUUUUGCUACUUAUGUGUAACUCAAAUUGCCUUUUUGUCUGCCAAUGAGUCUCCGUUUCGGGGAUCGUAGCGGUGCAGGCGAGAGCGGCGGAGAUGCUGAUUCAUCAUAACGUUGAAAUUUUUGACGUUUCCGAGCGCAAGCAUGGGGGAGCCAUGGCAACAUGGCAUCGGCGGACAAAGGUCUGCUUCUGGGGGGGGCGAUCGAUCUUUAUUAAGGGGAUUUUUUUAUUCUGGAAGCCCACCGUGCGGGGGUGCCUGAGAAGUGGUUUAUAACCGGGUACUAUCUUUAGAUCAGGAUCAGAGCGUAGGAAAUUGCACGCUCCGGUUGCGUAUAGGCACCCGAAAGGGUUGCGCUGCGUUCAGCGGUAAAGGUGAUCAAGCCGUGUGUGUCCAUAUUUCAGUCUGUGUCUGUGCCUGCUAACGCAUCUGUUGUCCUGUCUGUGUCCAUUUUACAGCUGUGGCCACUCCACAAUAAAAAGCAAAAUCGGAUAUUCUAAUAACUACCGCAUGGCUCCCUAACAUCUCAAUCAGACUUCCUUCUCAUACGUGACGGAAAGUGAACAGAUUGGUUUAUUUUUCUUAUCCCGACGUCUUUCUAAAUUGACCAUUUGCCCCCACCCCAACAAACGGUAAUUUGAAUCUUCUGCACGAGAUGCUUAUAGAUAUGACCUUAAUCAGUGUACUGGUUUGGUUACUCUUCCCGUGGGAUAAUUUCUGAGUUUGAUUUGUAGUCUGCUUCCUACAACCACUGGUGGAAUUCUGUAAUGUAGAGUAAUAAUCACUGAUAGCAACCCCACCCCAUGAGAGAAAGAUAUACACUAUAUUGGAAAAAACACAAAUGAUAUUUGAAAUGUGUAGCAUGUUAAUAUGAAUGCUGUUUGUUUCGUUUCUCAUAUGAUGUUUGUAUGCUGCGUGCAGUCAGCCGGUUAGAGGCAAUACAGACGAAUAUGAUUAAUACAUUUAUUUUGCAUUGCAUAAACAACAGACACUUAAGAGCCUGAAGAGACGUCCAUCAUUCACUGUGUUUUUGAUUGUGGUUCGUGGAAGCUUUAUGUAGAGAGAAAUUUAGUAAACAGUCAUCAGUCGCGUGUGCACGCUAUGUGCAAAGAUGGGUCACCUCGGAACCGCAGUGGCCGUCAGGAAGCGGCCGCGUCGCUACAUGGAGCCGCAGGAGGGGUAGCCGCGCGCUACCUCGAGCGACUGUUUAAUUUGGGCGCGUACGCAUCCUGUCCCGCGUCCCCUCGCGCUUUUCGUACGGACGGUGUUCUGUAAAAUUUAGUGCUGACUGUUGUGUAUGGGUGUCAUUCACUGAUAUUCUUGCUGAUGUGGCCCUAUUAAAGGGGGGGGGGUCUGUGGGAUUCGCCGAGAUGGAGAAUGAGCUUCUUUUGUCUUCAAGGCAUUUCCUAAAGUGCUGAGGUAAAGGGAAAAAGACUCCGCACUUGACAGAUGGCGUUUUCACUUGUUACGUUCCCCCGCGCCGCCGUCCGCGAGCGGCAGCCUCGUGGCGCCUUUUUAUUGUUACAACCAGGCGGAAAGUGGGGAGAGAGGAAAAAAAAAAAAAAAUCAUCGUUCGGGAGUUUUUUUCCCUUCUCUUCCGAAAGGUUAUACUAAUAACCAUAAUUCGGUAUAACCCCAAAGACUCGCUGUGUUUUACAGGUUGCAUCAUCUUUCUGCCGGUCUGCUGCAGCCGGAGAUCUGAAUUCAGAGCGUAUCCCAACUUUUCGUGGCGCCGGAGAAGGACGGAGGCAAAGAUCCGUGUGUUUCCAGAUCUGAACAGUGGGCAGCAGCUCUCGUGGCAUGACGACCACCAGCAAGGGAAGCAAGGCCUUGAAGGUUAAAAGGGAGCCGGGGGAGAAUGGGACCAGCCUUACGGACGACGAGCUGGUGACCAUGUCGGUGCGGGAGCUGAACCAGCACCUGCGCGGUCUCUCCAAGGAGGAGAUCCUGCAGCUGAAGCAGCGGCGGCGCACGCUGAAGAACCGCGGCUACGCAGCCAGCUGCCGUGUGAAGCGCGUCACGCAGAAGGAGGAGCUGGAGAAGCAGAAGGCCGAGCUGCAGCGCGAGGUGGAGAAGCUGGCCUCCGAGAACGCCAGCAUGAAGGUGGAGCUGGACGCUCUGCGCUCCAAGUACGAGGCCCUGCAGAGCUUCGCCAGGACAGUGGCCCGCGGCCCCGUGGCCCCCGCCAGAGGCCCCAUCGCCUCCGUCAUCGGGCCUCUCGUUCCAGGCAAGGUGGCCACCACCAGCGUCAUUACGAUAGUCAAGUCAAAAACGGACGCCCGGUCUUAGUAUCUGGGCCGAGCCUGAGAAGGGGUUGAGGGGGAGGGGAGGGAGGGGGAGAGAAGGGAGGAGCUAAUCAGGCAGAACAUGGUCAGUGCUUCAUCACUGAGCACAGGAGGAAUCUAAUUGGUUUACCUUUGACGUCAAGCCCAGCCUAUCCCAAGCAGUCUCCCAACAAGCCAACAGAUGGGGGUGGGGUGGGGGGGCAAGCUGUUUGAGGUGGACCCACCAUCAACCUGGCAGGCUACCUGCACAUCUGCUGAGAUAGAGAGGCUGGGACCUAUAGACAAAAGACCAGGGCAGCAAAACAACCCACCUGGGUCUGUCACUGAAAGCGAUGGACAUUUAACUGCCACGAGACAGUGGAGGACUAGACCCCGCUCAGACUGGCUGUCACCCCAGGCCAAAUCAUGUCGCAAAAUGUCUUUUUGCAUUUGUACGGUUUUUAUUUUCCUUGUGGUGUUCAUAUGGGUCCAAGUGUAUCCUGAUUGUGAUGUUCCUAAGCUGUCUCAUAGCUCGUUCACGAUGCCGUAUUUCUAUGUGUCCUCGGCCCACAUUGUCCAAUCAACUUUUAACACUGUAAUACACCAGUAUCCCAGUACGGCCUCGUCUUGGCUCCUUGUGGAUCACAUGGACCCUUUGAGGGGUGAAACGACACUUUCUGCAAGACUUUCCUUACUCUGGUACACAGCGUUGCAGGUGUAGCGCUCUUUGUGGAGGGCGCCUGACUAAACACCAUAACUGCUUCAGCUAAAAUCACUAUCUGUAUUCAUUACGUACAAAAUACCUGUGCGCAGUGAUUUGCACUGACCUACUGUUCUCAGGAGAGCUAAAGGUUAAAAGCUGAUGGGAUUUUGACUUUGAGCAGCAGCUGUAGGAUAGUAUUGUAAGUUUUGGUUAGAAGAACUGUUUGCAUGAUUGGGGUUUUCCCUUCAGAAACAAGAAAAUAACAGGGUGCACCACUAUUUGAAAGACUGGAAUGGUGUUAUUUAGGAUUCAGCAGUAGGGGGGCAAUAAUGUGUUGAUGUGCAGGUAAUAAUAAUAAUAAUAAUAAUAAUAAUUAAUAAUUAAUAAUGAUGAUGAUGAUGAUGGGUGUCCCUAAAAGGAUUUGUUUGGUUAAAUGUUUUCUGAUUGGAGAAAAAUGCUUGUUGCUGCUGGUUUCUAUAACUACGAGGUAUUUGGUCCUUCACUGGCAGAGAACAGCGACGUUCCUACAAUUUUCCGGAAUGUUCUUCACAAGCUCAAAAAGGGUUGGGUACUAUUUCACGCCUUUCAGAAAUUUGAAGAUUGUUCAACUGUGUACCAUCAAAGAUGGAGGUCACAAUUAUUUAAUUUGUGCUAGGUUUAAAAAUAGCAUUUUUUUUGUCAUAAAAAUGGGGACAGGCUGACCAAUAGACAUAUUCUCAAGCUUUACUAUAAAGUUAUUGGUGUCUGUAUUCUGAGGAUCUUUGUCCAUGUUCAAGUUUUGAUUUUUAUAAAUACAUAGAGUAUCUUACAUUAUUUAUAAAAUCUUUAAAAAAAAAAAAGAAAAAAAACUUGUUUGAUAUCUUUUUGCAAUUGUACCAAAAGUGGCUUACUAUUGAAGUCGAUAGCUUUUUCUAGUGACUAGGCGCGUACUGUGGACUAGCGCGUGGCGUGACGUGUAAGUGACAAGGUGACAGUAUUGUUCACUAUAUGGAUGUGAUGCUGUUCUUUAAUUUAGAGAAACUACAGGUGAUGUAAACAGGGUCCCAUGGCCACCCCCUAUCCCCCUCCCUGUUCUCCUGACCGCAGUCUACAUGCUAAUUCCGAGCGCCGAAUGCUACACCCGGACUUUACGCUGUACUAACGGCUGUUCCUCCAGCCAAGGAAUAGAAGGUCGCUCCCUGACCCGACCCUGGCCCGCUACGCUUUAGCCAACGUCUUGCCUAAGCUGCUCCUUCGAAUCUGCCGUACCUCACUGCUCCCCUGCUCGCUGGCGCGUAUCGCGAGGCCCUGAAAUCUGGAAGCCUUAGCACAGUGGAGGGCCCAAGGCCAUUACGCUGGUGUUUAGUGCGAUGGACACCCCUGGGGGCUCCUCUGCAGUGUGUCUGCGUGGCCCCUGACCCAUUAAUGCUGGUUUCUGUGUUAAGGUCCACAACCACUAAUAACCUUUUUCAGUUGAUGUAGUCUGGCAGGAGGAGUCUGUAUAACCUUCUGAUUGUAACGCCACCAUUAAAGCCUCAAUCAAAAUAAGAAAAAAAAACAAGGAAAACCACAAGAACAUAGCUACAAGCACUCUCUGGACAAGCCAUGGGCAGAGUUACAUCACCUCUUAACUUAUUUUUGUGACGUGUGAAUUAUUUUUGUGUAAAUCUCUUCAAUAUAUUCAAUGCAAAAAAAGAUCUAUUUUUGGUUUUGUUUCAGAAAUGCCGGUUUUGUGAGUUUCUGGCACUGCUGCACUGUAAAAUGAAACAAACGGACUCGAUGUAAUUUCUGUCCCCUGCCCAUGCAGAGGGGCACUUUUUUUUUUUUUUUUUUUUUAAAUCUGGAACGGUCCAUUUAAUCUAGAAAUAAAAUGGCAAGAGGUAGGGAUUCUGAGAGUUACUGCUGUGCAGUAUUGGUGACUGCUGUCUGCAGUCUUACACAACCUAAGGUCCAUACAUACACCUGCAUCUUCAGCACUCUCAGCUACUAUAAACAUUGUCCCCCCCCUCCGUCACAUUCCCUGCUCCUUUCAGGCUUUUGGUUUAAUUUACCAAAGUGAGUUCGGAAAUUGAAAUGAAUGAAAACAUGUGGAUGCAAUUCUGCUGCGUAAUUUAAGUCCCAAGUGGCAGAGGCAGGCGUGGCGAUGGGAGUGUGAAGGAGGCCGUGCGUGUGCCUCCAUGCUGGGGGGGGGGGCUUAGUGAGCCCUCUGUAUAUGACUGCCCUCCAGUUCGCGUCCCUCUUUUGCUGUCGAAGAGCGGUAUCCUUAUGGCUGUUUAGGAAAUUAAAAUAUAGGUCAAAAUACUGCUACUGUGUGUGUGUGUGUGUGUGUGUGUGUGUGUGUGUGUGUGUCUGUAUACACAUCUGUAUACCCACGCUACUGUGUUAAGGAGCCUUCCCCUUGAGGAUAAGCUACAGCCUUGGGGGGGGGUCCCCUUUGACUCCCCUGAGCCUUAGGAUGCUGGGGGAGGCUGGUCCCUCCAUAAGCCCCACUGGUGGAUGAAAGGGGGUUUUGAAAUGUUUAGUCUGAGACAUGGCAAGUGUGCCUGUCAGCUGCUCCACCUGGCGACCCAGAAAGUGGGGCCUGAAAUCCUGUUCUCAAGUUGAGACGCUUGGCCUUAACUGUGCGUGUGGCAGACUUGGGCGUCCGAGUGCAUCCUCAGAUUGCCUGUGAGGUUUAAGGCAGCCUUGCUGUUGGUCGUAACUUACACUGCAUUUUUGAGUUUAUUUUUGUAUUAAUGAAUUUAAAAGUGCAAGGUUUUUUAUGAUCGAAAAGUACAAGCUUUUUUUGCCCCCUAGUUAAGCAUUUGAACACUGGAAAAGAUGCCUGAGACAUUUGGAUUUAUACCUGUUUAUCUAUAUAUAUAAAUAUAUAUAUGGUUAGUAUUUUUUUUUUUCCCUUCCACUUUGGGUUUUUAAUGAACUUCUACAUUUGACUGGUGAUCUGUGAAAUUGUUCGUAUGGAGUUCCACCUAUGUUCUAUCUUGGCAUUGCUUUCGUAUCAGUGUUGCCGUUCUGUUUUUUGCCGUGGCAGUCCUGUCGCGUGAACCCUGUGUAAACAACUUGUAAAGGUUUUAAACAAAACAAAAAAAGCAAACAAAGUGCUCGUGUAACACGAAUCGCCGCUACCCGUGCCUUCGAAGACGGGUUGGUGUACUCGUGUACGUCGUGAAUGUUGUGGACAAGUGAAUUUUCCUUUUCUUUCUUUCUUUUUUUUUAAAUUAUGCAAUUCAGUGGGCUUCAGGGAUGAGACUGGAACUAUAGGCUUGGGUGCUUGUAUAAGUGUCGUCAUAAACGUCACAGAAGUCACUAGUUUUAUACAGAGCGCUUAUGUAUCUGUGACUCUCGUCAGAUCCUGUUAUCCCUUUGCUUUCACCACGCUUAUCUGAUAUCCCUUCUCCUUCCUUCGAAUUCAGUGUUGCUCGGAUUACUCUGGCAGAAGCUGUUCUACAACAGAUGGAUACCAGUCUGAACAGAUCUUUGUUUGAGGAAGAAAAAGUUAACCCCCCUCCCCCCCCAACAACUAUUUGUGUAUUAGCUUAUAACUAUAAAUAAUUUUCUGGCAUGGUUGAACCUUUUCUCAGCAACAACCGUGAUUCUGAACGCGAAGCACAGAUCUGACACCUCCACAUUUUAAGUUUGCUAGCAGGUCGGAGAGUAGGUAUCAGUCCUGGCCAGUCAUUGCAGGGUUCUGCAAUUAUGUGACUAGGUGAAAGCUGUUUGGCCCCAGAAUUUUGUUUUGCGUGAUUGAACAUAAUUUUUUUUUUCUAGGCAUACAGCAUCAGCUUGUGGUACACUGUCACAGGGGCAGGAUGAAUACCAUGGAUGGAUUAAUUUUUUGUAUUAUUACUAAUUUAUCUGGCGUGCGCCCCUACAGAAAUCUGCGUCCACUGUGAGAAGAUGCGACAGCAGAAGUUAAAUCCAAACGUUAUCCCACCCUUCAAGUCUUUCAUCUUCAUGUCAGUGUUUAAAGGAAAUAACAGGCAAGCGGCUCCGUACCACGUUUAAGGCCAUAUAAUUAGCAGUCACAGCUGAAAUCCUUAUUUGAAAUGAACAGAAUUAUUCUUUUGUUUUUGAAUAUGGAAGGGAAAGGGCUCAGACUCCCAGGCGCUUCAUUCAUUUUCUCGUGUUAAUUUGGGCUCCCACUUGAAUUUUUUUUUUCUUCUUCAUCGGGGCGACUGAGGUAACAGGUUUACUUGCUGGAUUCAGAGUACUGCACUGUGCUUGUAGCUGCACAUUAACAUCCUAUCUUGCUGCUAGAACAGUCUUUACUUUGUGCUGUGGAAUUUUUGUGCUCGGAGGGGCUGACAUACACCAAACGUCAUGAAGCAAAAUGUUUUGGACAGGGGUGGGAUAAUGGAAGCCCUUUUAUUGCGGAUAUCUGAUAUUUAUCUGAAUGGCGUUUUUGUUUUCUAUCCAGUUCUUUUGACUAUGUUACAUAAUUUUGAUUACAAGUGAGAUGUACUGUAAUGUUUGUCUUUUACUGAAGAGAGUUCACUGGGACUAGGGCGAUAGCAAUCCAGGCUUCAGACUGCAUUUAAUUUGUUCUUUAUUUAUUUUUAUUUUUUUAAAAUCAAACCACACGUCUGUGUCAGUUGGUAAGCAUAUGACUGCAUAUGACUGCAUAUGACUGCAUAUGACUGCAUAUGACUAUCUAGCUCUGCAGAGUCGGGUAUUUGUGUCUCCAAAGUAUCAAGUGAGAAAUUUUAAAGCUAUAAAAGUAGUAACUUUAUGAAUAUGGUAAAUAACGAUGAUAAAACUGGUUUUUGUUAUUUUUCUGUAUGGGGUGUUAAAUUAUGAUAUCACAGUGCUUUGUAUGGGGGGAACACAGAGGUAAAGUUGAUUUAAUUGUAAGUAUUUAUUAACUAAAUUAUUGUACUUUUUGCAAUCUGUAGAUAAGUAAUAUGAUGUAUUCGUAUAUAACAACCAUGAAAUUAACUGUUUCACUAUCAGUCCGAAGCGUCUUUAAUUUAUUGAUGUAUAUACUGUAUGUUGAUAUACAGCUUACUUUAUUUUGUAUAUGACCAAUAAACACAUUUUAAAAAAGAG